AUGAGAGGAAAAGAUGAAGCGGCUAAGUCUGGUAAGAUAAGGUUGAUCAUUCUGUUGGGAUUUGCGUUUAAAGAGGCUUCGAGAGUUGAGUUCAUGUCGGUGGUGGUCGUUGGGUUGAUCGAAGGAAAAUAUCUUCCAAAUCUAAUAUAUGAUGGUUUCGCGUCUGGUAGAAGAUUAUAUGGUCGCCCGUUUAUGCCUAUUAGGAUUGAAGUAGUCGACCAAAUACUUGGUUAUUAA